UUCGAUAUGUCUUUGCCUAGAAAAUGUGGGUUUUCACUUUAGUUUAUUUCGUUAUAGAAUGCCUAAUGCCAUCUGUUCAUUUCCAAUGGAUCCAGACUUGCAGGAGGCUUUCAAUGAUGUUCAGAGCUCCAUCUACAGAACAGCCCUAAAACUAAGCUCAGUACAAAGUCUAUGCCAGUUGGAUUUGAUUGAUGUUUCUCUGAUUCAGCACACCCUGUCAAGUGAACAGAGACAGAGGGAAAAGCAGAUUUCUCUGAAAGUGCAGCAGAUCUCUGGAAUGCUGACAGAACUGUUCCAAAGGGCAAGGUUAGAAAAACCAGGCCAGGUAGAUGCAAAAGCCGCUGAUUUCACAUUGAGCCUGCUAGCUGCCAUGUAUGACAGAUCUGGAACAGGUUAUAUCAAAGCUAGAUCUGCUGCAGCUGCCCUAAUUGCCCUUUCAAGAGACACUCUACUGGCUAAAUACAGAGCUUUCUUCCAGUUUUAUGCUGUCCCUGAUGGGAAGAUGGCCUUGAUCACCCGUAGUGCCCUGAGAAGCCUACUAACAGACUUGAAUCAGAUACCAGCCAUUGUGGGAGAAGGCUGCACUCUGUCUUGUGUGGAAAUUGCAACUCGCAGCUGUUUCCAUGGGGUUCUGAAUUCAGCAAUUGUUGAAGAAAAAUUCGUGUCUUGGCUAAGAUCGGAGCCUGCUGUUCUCCUGUGGCUCCCUACAUGUUACAGAUUAUCAGCCACAGCAAUGGUUUUGCACCAAGCCAGAUGUAAAGUCUGCAAAAUUUUCCCCAUUAGAGGCCUCAGGUAUCGCUGUCUGAAGUGCCUAAAUUUUGACCUUUGCCAAGUCUGCUUUUUCACUGGUCGUCUCAGCAAUCCACAUAAGAGGUCACAUCCUGUUAUGGAACACUGUGUGCAGAUGUCAGCAAAGGCGAAUGCAAAGCACUUUCUCCGCACCAUCAGAAAUAACCUGUUUCAAGAGCGCUGCAGAAGAAAGGAGUCUCAGAGGAGGGCUCUGGAGGCAGUGGAGGAGGCGUACUUCCAUACCCACAAAAAGACUUUUCCCCCUGAAGAACUCGGUGCUUCACCACUACCUGGCCCUGAAAACCUGUCUUUCCCAGUGGACAGACCUGUCCUAGAGUCACACAAGUUCAUAUCUGAAAACAGAACUGUAGUGCAGAAGAGUGAGAAUAACAUCAAGACACCAGAGCGAGGCAAGACAGAAACUCAGGCAAUAGCCUCAGCUGAAACAGAUGUGUUAAAAAUGCACGAAUCCAUUAGAAAUAUUCAUAAUGAGAGCAGGUACAUGAAGAAGCAGUUCAACAAGUGGAAGGGCAAAAUGCAACUUCUUCACAGCUGUCAGGAAGACAAAAGCUGCAAAAUAGAGGCAAAGCUCCAAAGCCUGAGAGCAAGCCAUGAAAACCUACAAAUGAAGUUUCAGCAAAUGAAGCAAGAAGUAAAGACAAUGUUCCGGUCAUCAGAGCAUCCUUUUAUACGGUGUCAAUAUAUGAUGCCAAGAAGUCCUCACGUCCUGCUGGAAUUGAAUCCUGCCCAAAUAAGGCCUAAUUCCAGGACAUGUGCAGACUGGAAAUCUUUGAAUCCCUCCAACUCUGCAAAUAGAAUGCAGCUUUUACAGACACCUGAAGUUCCCACUGCAGUGGACUUCUUCUCAGAAGACCCAUUGGAGUCAGCAUCCCUGCAGAGCAACAGACCUCAGGAUAAAAAAGCAAAAGAGAAUCAAACACAUAUGCCUGAAUUGACAAAAAACUCCUUCAGGGGCAUCAUGAGGAAUACAGUUCUUACUCCUAUUGCAGUGAAAAUACCACCUGAUGAGAAAGAAGCCAGUGAGGAAGUGGAACUGCAGCAGCUAGUGAUGAAACUAAAGGAUUCAGUGUCUCUCCAAGCCCAACCAGCUCAACAGUCUGCUUUGCAGCAGGAAUUCUUCUCUACAGCUGAACGUGUUAGCAGAUCCUUUUCUGACCUCAUCAACCAAGUGACUUCACCAGCUUGUAAAUGAUGGAAACUACCACUUGCCCUUACAGCUCCACUGAACUAUUGAAGAAACAAAACCAACACUGGGUAUAACUGCAGAACUAAUUUGACAACUUUGCUGCCU